AUGGGCAUCUUGUCUCUUUUCCUACUCUCCGCUCUUUCCCUGCCUUUCUCCGCCGCCACCAGUGACCCUAACUUGCACCCUCUUUUCUCACGGAGCACGUUUGCCUACAGCGACUUCGAUGCCGCCUCUUGGAUAUGGCUCCCGCAGCCCAAGCUCGCUUCCACCGCCGCGCCAGGCACGGUGGGCCUCAUGCGGACCUUCAACUCGCCCGUGGGCAAGACCGCGUUCGGUGCAUCCAUUGCAGUUACUGCGGACAACAACUUCACGCUUUGGGUGAACGGGCACGCCGUCGGCGCCUCGCAGGACUCAUGGGCCAAUGGGCAAGCUCUCGUGACCAGCCUAAACGCUACCACGAAUACCAUUGCGGCACUCGCGGUCAACUAUGCGGACUCGACUGCGACGGGGCCGACCUCAGCUGGCUUCCUUGCUUUUGUGCGCAUCUUCUACAGUGACGGCACCAACAGCACCCUCGUCAGCGACAAGGACUGGAAGGCCACGGGCAUUAUUCCCCCCGACUGGCCACUCCCCAAAGACACGUCCAAGUUUGUCAACGCUGAGGUCGCUUUCAAGUAUGGCGGUGGACCAUGGGGGAAGGGCAUCACCAUUACACAGACAGAUCUCUCCUCUGCUGAUCUCAAAGGGAGCAACUGGAUCUGGUCCACACCAGACGCCGCGGCCGGUGCUCUUGCAGGCAGUGUCGGCUUCCGCAAAUCAUUCACCUCCCCGCCGGGCAAGGCCGCCUCUUCCGCCAUCAUCGUUGCCUCGGCCGACAACUUCUUCCAACUCUACGUUAAUGGGCGUUAUGUUUCUGCCCCCGCUCGCGACCCCAACACUGCGGGCUCAGCAACCGCCUGGCAAUUUGCCUCCCGCGUAACGGUACCCCUCUCCGCCACAACCAACACCUUCAAUUUCCUUGCAACCAACUUCCUCGCCGCAGACGGCAAGCCCUCCUCUGCAGGAUUCAUUGGUGUUAUCCAGAUCGUGUAUGCUGAUGGUUCCACUGCCACCAUCCGCACCGAUUCCAGCUGGCUUGCCGUCCAAACAAACGACGCGGUUGCCUUCAACGCGAUGCCCGACUCUGCUUUCGCUCCCGCCGCCUCGCUGGGUGUGUAUGGCAUGGGCCCUUGGGGCGGAGGUCUUGGUGUUGCAGACACUGUUGACGCCGAGCGCAUCUUCUUAUCCGGCAACAACGUUGGCUCCGGGAUCCCGAUUUCGGUCAAACCCGUCCCGUCUGGCAUCGCCGUCAGCGCGAACAUCAACGCGCCGAUACCCUCCUUCUCUUUUACGCAGCUUCCGGAACAGCCCUCCGACGGCCCGACCGUCCCUGGCGCCAGCGCUGCCUCCCGCAGCGCGGUGUCCAUUGCUUCAGUUGCUGUUAGCGUCUUUACUUUACUUAUAUUCAUGUGA